AUGAGGACCAGCGCACACCCGCAUAGUGUCAUAAGAUCAUGAUGGUCGCCUGCAGAUGGAUUAAACAACAUUUCUGUUUCCAGCAGCAGUGUGAAAGCUGAAAUGUAUUAAGUCGGCUGCCACAAAGCUCCCUGGCAAAGGUGAACAUAAUGUGGGUCACCGAAAAACAUGAGAAGAUCCCGUCGGACAGAUGUUCCGUGAUCUCCAACUGACCUGGUGGGCAACGAUUGCAGCAUUUUCCAGCUUGACUCCGAUAUUACUGUCCAAGUACAAGAGACAAACAUUCAAUUCCACCAUUCUGUAUGCUCAAGCAGGGGGUAAAGGCCACGGCAGCGUUGAAGUCUCUGUUUUGCGUUCAAUAAAUGCAAAUAAACAUUCAGUGGACAAACUGGCGAAUGUUUACGCAGCCAACAGCCAAAGACUGAGAGCAGGAGACUGACAUCAGGGCCUCACUUUGUUUUCUAAUAGCAAAUGACAGAAUGGAGUUGACUUCCUCAAUCAUGGGGUUGAUGGUUUGGUUGGGCUUUGAGUCCUGGAAACAAAUCAAUUUGGAGCCUUUAAUGCAUGGCAAAGUCCAGUCACCCUGUUACCCGCAACCCUACCCGCCCAAUAUAACGAAGCAGUGGAACCUGAGGGUGCCAGAAGGUUAUCAACUACGUCUCACCUUCACCCACCUGGACAUUGUUGCGUCUGCACGCUGCUGCUACGACAGCAUUACAGUAUUUUAUGGCAAAAGGAUCCUCGGGAAGUUUUGUGGCCAUGAGAACUCUACAACUAUCUUGUCUCCGGGAAAUAGACUCACCCUCGUGUUCCAAGCAGGAAGCAGCAACAACAAAGGACAGAACGUGGGCUUCUCGGCUUACUACCAGGCUAUGGUAUCCUGCGGCAGGGAUAUAUUUCACGAAGCAGAAGGGCACCUGUCCAGCCCAGGAUACCCCAACUCACCCCCUCACACCGUAUCCUGUCAGUACGUAAUCUCUGUGAAACCUGGCUUCGCAAUCUCUCUCAACUUCAACGACAACUUCCACAUUGAGAGCACAUCAAUAGCACAGGACGUAGUCUGUCAUCAUGACUGGCUUCAGGUGACCAUCUCAGGCAGUGAUCCCUUCAGGGUGUGUGGUAUGAGGAGCCCAGCAAUGAUAGGUACAAUGUCCAACAGGGUCACUCUGGACUACCACUCGGAUGGCAAAGCCCCAAAUACCAGCUGGAGUUUGGACUACAGGACACACAGAGUCAGGUGUCAGCAUCCUGGAAGGGUUACCAAUGGUAUAGUCCCACAUAUAUGGACAGACUUCUUCUAUGGCGAUUACAUCAUUGUGCAAUGUGACCAAGGACACAAGCUGAUGAUGGAUGGUCAAGAGUUGCAGAGUUUCUCAACAAGGUGCCAACAGAAUGGAAUGUGGGAUCGCCGCCUGCCAGAAUGCCAACAAGUAGUAACAUGUGAAAAACCGGAAACAUUGCAGAAUGGAUGGAUGAAGUACUUAUCUGGUUCUCACAAUGAGUACCAGUCUGUCAUCCAAUAUGGCUGUAAUUCACCAUUUUAUACUCUCCAAGUUGACAAUAAUGUUACAUUCACGUGCCAAGUGGACGGACAGUGGAAGUCAAAUAUGGGAAAUAUUGUCACCCCUAUAUGCACAUCAGUGUGUGGGCGGCCUACCACGUCCAUCCUUGCUAAUCCAGGUAAUGUUGGAUUGGCUCCUGAAGGCUCCAUUCCGUGGCAAGUGCACAUCUCUUCACAUGGAUCGAGAGCAGGUGCAGUGGUGAUUAGUGACCGCUGGCUCAUGACUGCAGCACACUGGCUGAUCCAUUUUGAAGAAGAAGAUCUGAAGAUAUUUAUUGGACAUACGGACAUAUACUCAAUGCUGGGCUCACCUUUAUCGGCUGCUUCAUUCCACAUCCACCCUGGUUUUGACACAAGUGACAGGUUCAACUUCAACAAUGACAUCGCCUUGAUCAAACUGAACGACGCACUUACUUUCAAUGGAUCUGUAAUGCCGUUGUGCUUACCAACAGAUGAGGCCCUAUACAACAGCGGCAAUUUGGGAGUGACUUCAGGCUUUGGCAUGAUCAUGAGUGACAGUAAGUUUAGGAUUUCAAAUGAGCUAGUGUACACGCACAUCCCCGUGGUUGGCCAGGACACGUGUCAAGAUUCAUUCAAAGAGAUCUUCACACGGAAACGCUCGGACCUCUUCCCAUCACUGACCAACAACAUGUUUUGUGCUGGACACCCUAACCGUGGGAAUGACUUGUGCCAUGCUUUCAGUGGUGGACCCUUCGCCGUGCAAUACAACGGCUCCUACUGGGCUGCAGGCAUUAUCAGCUGGGGGGUUGGCUGCGGUGUGUCGGGGAGCUAUGACGUACAUACCAAAGUUAUCAACUAUAUGGACUGGGUCAGAAGAACAAUGCAGGAAAACUGAAAGGAUCCAUGUUCACAAAUGUUGAUAGUGGUAAUGAUAGACAAAAAUAAAGGAUGUGACCUCUGCUACAAUUUUUGUGGGAACCUGAGAGUACAUGCUGAUUUCUAUGUUUUUUGUUACCCUCACUCACUACACUUUAAUAGAGAAUGACAAUGUCUCAGCAACAAUGUUGACUUUGAAUUAGAGUCCGAUAAUUACUUUUUAAAUGAUAACCGAUACCUUGAUGCUGUCCCCUAACCCUAACCCUAACUCCAAAAUCCGCUACCAAUAUAUACGGUCUUGGAUUUAACAUAUUAUUGCUAAUUGUAUAAUUGCAAAUGCCCCACUGGAUGCUUAAAUAGUGAUAAAGUGACA